CGAAGUCUCGAAUGUGCAGCUGAAGUACUUGAAAAAUUGAAGUCUCGAGCCCUGAACACCCUCUUCGUGUUGCCGUCUGGUCGCUCGGCAAUCUCUCUAGCUCAAAUUAUUGGUUUCGUAGCACAAGACGCGAUGUUGAACGAUCAAGUAAUUCAUACUUGCUGUCAGGCUGUAUGUGAUGGAGUUCCCGAUUCUGCUGUAGUGUUGAGCACCUUUGUAUUCACGCUGGGAUUCCCACCCAGCCCUGUGGCGGAGCACGCCUCACGCAGCAGCAGUCCUGUUGACAUAGCCUCAGUCAAGUACGUCGUCCUACCCGUACAUUUGGAAAACAACCACUGGAGAGUUAUGGUUGUCGUUCUGGAGUAUUCAGUAUCGCCGGUGAUAAAUGUAUUCUUCUAUGAACCCUUUUGUCGCGGGCAGUACAAGGAGGUGAUGGAGAUACAAAAGUGGGAAAAUGGUUUGUUACGAUUUAUCCGCAAGUGGCACGAAGAUACACGCCCUCAUCAGGUUUUUCCUUCCCUUGAAAAAAAUUGGUUGGCAGGGCCUCGUCAACCGCCAGGGACUCUCUGCUGUGGAGCGCUUGUAGUAGCGCAAGUGCACUCGAUCAUACACGAUCCAAAUUACUUUCAGUCUCUUGGAGAAGCUAUUUCGACGGAAUACGUUUGCUUGGUGCGCCUUCGCAUUAUGUGGUUGCUACUGUGCCAAACGAAGGAGCGA